AUGACUCCAAAAAAAAGAUUAUGCAAAUGCCCUCCGCAUUUGCAACAAGUCUGCAAACACGCGAAAAUAACAGACUGUAAGGAUCUAGCUGAAAUUAUAGAAGCGUUAACAGUUCACGAUGAGAGUUCUAAGAAGGAUCACAAAUUUAAACCUCCUAAUUUCAAGACGAAGCCGUUUAAACCGCGACAUUAUAAGGACACGUGUGUGCCUAUGGCUCCUUCUAUGCAUACCAGAUUGAGAUACAUUCGUCAUUGUUCUUUGGAUCCACAUGGGUAUAAGAAAGGCAAGGCGGAUCUAGAUGAUUUGGGAACAUCAUCAGAAGAAGAGGCGGGAGGUAUAUUGAGGAAGGAUAGAAAAAGAGAGAAAUAUAAAAAACGUGUCCGCUACUACGAUCUGAUGCCAGGAGAUGUGAUGCUGCCAACGCCGGCCCCUGUUAUAACACACACGUCCUCCGAUAAAGAAAUAUUUAAAGUACCGAGUCCAAAAACGAGUGGGGAAGUGAUUCAAGCACAGAGAGCUACAGUAAAACCCGCGGAGUUUAGACCACCAUUACCGCCAAAAACUGGAUUUGAAUUGUUCAAGCCUCACAGUGGCAUCAUUGUCAAUAAAGACAAAUCGUUCGCACCCGACGUCGUGCAUAUGCCAGGACCAAGGAAGAUAAAGAGUGAUAAAAAGAAGAAACCUUGUCAUAAAGGCGGAGUGUGUACCAACAAAAAGUGCCCAAGAAAAAAAUGUCGAAAACGAGCAGCUUUAAGAAGAUUAAGGAAAAAAUUAUCAAGAGGAGGUGGAAGUUUACAGUCUAUGGGUCGAUAUAAAGGAGUUCGCGAUGGCAAACCUCGCGCCAAAGGACUCAAACAUAUGAAGGGAGAUGACGAUGUUUGUGGUCUUGAUGAAAUACCAAGACCUGAACAUGUACAAAUACCACUGAAUCUAAAACGAGGCACACUUCAGACACAUUCUCUCACAGUAUUGCCAUGUACAAAGGAACGUAAGCCGCAAAUACAUUACGGCAUUCUGACAGGAUCUUUCAAUAUGUACGACGCGAAAUUUGGUGGUAGAUCCAAAGGAAGACAGGCUCUCACAAUGAGUGUGAUGGCGUACUGUUUAGCAUUUCACUACCAUCCUAAACAAUGGACAAUGAAAUUAAUAGAUAACUUAAUAGAUGCUGGUGAUCAAUGGUACAUACAAUGCCUAGACAAAGUUCACGAUCAUUCGGCAGUUCAGGGUAUGUGUGAAGUUUUACCUUUUGGUAAAAAACAAACAUUAUUACUAAAUGGAAAGAAGAUGCAAGUGUUGCUCGGCGAACCAGAUAUUGUUGGUUAUACAAUGUCUUUAGAUCCAACUGUUUACAAUUUGUGUAGAGGUCUCAAAGCGUUCUUUAAAAACAAUCGAGCCGGUAUAUUAUUGACCAGGGUUUUGAAACUGGUUAUAUGGAGGGAUAAGAUUUGUUACUACAUAUUUGAUCCGGCCGGUAGAGACGCAAGGGCCUAUUCAAAUUUUGCGAAUGGAUGUUCGGCUCUCAUCAAUGUAAAGGAUUUGGAAUCAGUCUCUGAAGUAUUGCUAGCAAGAAGCAUAUUGGAAGAUCAGAAAUUUGUUCUCGCUCCCGUUAAGGUCCUAAAAAUGGUGGAUGAAAAAUGCGACGAAGACUUCGAAUCUGAUAAGGAGUUAACUCAGGCUGAGAAAGCUAUGAUGGGAUAUAGAAUACUUAAUGAAAACUGCGCUAUCGUUAAUGCUAAUAUGCAUUUGGGUGAUAGGUGCUUCGAAGACGCCAAGUUCCGUCAAGCUCUACCGAUUGCGAUAGUAGCAAUGACCUAUGCGAAAAUUUCGCCACCAAAUACAUGGUUUUCCAAAACUCUUGACAAAGUUUUGCGUUUGGGGAACAAAUUAUAUAUGGAUUGCUUGCAUCCGAAAGUUAUGAUAGAUAUGACAAUCGAUAAUAUACCCAACGAAAUAACGAUCGGCCCUUACGCGUGCGAAAUCAUAAUUUACAGGGAAAGAAUUAAAGGUCAACUAUUUACAACGAAAGAAUGUUUAUUGAAUAUAAGAACUGGUCUUAUAGAAUUUUUCAGUCACGAAUACAAUAGCGGUAUCUUAGAUUUUAAUAACUACGCUUUGGCGGUUUGGAGACAAAAGGAAAUGUAUUAUUUAUUUGAUCCGUACCCACGUUCUCAUGACGGUACAAGAUCUGUGAAUGCGGGAAAAGCCUGUUGUCUGAUGCUUUUAAAUCCAGAAGCUAUGGCUGAAGUCUUUACUAAAAACUGGAAUUAUCUGCCCGCAACUACACAAUUCUAUAUACAUGCAUUUAAAGUUCUUAAGCUAAAAAAGAGAGAACCUAAGUCACAAAUAGUUUGUACGCUCAGCGAUGAACAGCUGCCAGGUGUAAAGAAAGUAAAGCGUAAAGUUUUACCAAUGAGUAAGGAUCACGGGGAUGGUAUGGAAUUAUUUCACGACGUUUUACCAAUGGAAGAUCUGGAUAAACCGCCUACAGGACCUCUUAUGGAUGAAGAAAAAAUGGGCGAUAUAAUAUCGUUAGUGGACAGUAUACAAGAAGACUAUCUACCCCCAAUACCUCUAAGAUAUAAGAAUUUACCUACGGAACCGUUAGAGGAGAAAGUCGUGAACCUAGAUUCCCCGACGGUUUCCGUAACCCAAGUGGUCCCUCCGUGGCCGAAGCCUCGAGACAAGACCCACGAGAUACCUGACCCAGACCCUGACCCUGAACCAACUCCUCCGCCAACACCACCGCCGAUGCCCCCUCCUGAAGGCGGAGAAGAAGAGGAGGAAGAAGGAGAGGAGGAAGAGGAUGAAGACAGGUCGAAGAAGAAAAAGGAAGAAGAGGAAAGAAGAAAGGCAGAGGAGGAGGAAAGGAGAAAGGCGGAGGAACUCCCACCACCGCUACCUCCGCCGCCGCCCUCACCGCAACCAGAACCGGAAGUUGAGUUGGCGCCACCAGUUGAAGCAACGGAAGACGAAAUUCAGACUCUUGAACCAGUCAACGUAGAAAGGCAUAUUUUGUUAACAGAAGAUGCCCAAUACCGGUAUAAGUUGAGACAAUUGCGCAAAAAAAUGACUCUGCCCCUAAGUGAAGGUGACGCGACAUUGACGGCUGAAGAAGAACUGGAAAAACCGAGCAAUUUUAAGAAUUUACCGGACAAUACUCAGAUUAUCAGAGGAGCGUCAGCCAUCUCUGAUAAUAAAGAAAUCAUCGAUAUGCUGCCAUUUGGGUCUAUAAUGGCAAUCGUCACAUCUUACAAGUACACAGUCAAUACUUGGACAUUGGGCAUUGUAAAUUUUGUGGUUGAUACAGCAAAAAAAUUAUAUAAAAAUAAAAAGGAAAAGUUCCAACUAGCACCCGUGCAUAUAAUACCCAAAAUUGCUAUCGGCCAUCAGGCAUUCCACGCUAAUAUAGACGUAGUCGGUGAAGGACCCACUUGGCAACUUGAAGAAGUUCUGACGCGAAAAUUUUUACCGCGUUACGAUAGAGGAAUGAUAACGACAGCCACGUAUAGUUGUGCUAUAUUCAGAAGAAACAAUUUAUAUUAUCUAUUUGAUGCGAGUCCUUGCAAUGCUAUGGGCUUGAGAGACCCCACUAAUAAAGGAAAAGCGUGUUUUCUGCGUUUCCGUUCAUUACACGAUUUAGUUGUCAGAGUUUGCUAUAACAAAGACGGCAAAACCGAAGACCAACAGUUCAUCUUAAGUAGAAUUAUUGUAAGAAGACUAUUAACAGAACCGCGGUUGAAAUUACCCGAAGACUACGAUUACGCUGAGAGAAUGCCAAAAUCUAAAAAGUCAAAAUUAUCUAUAGUAGAAACACCAAAAUCCAGUGAAAAGAAGUCGACAUCGGUAGAAUCACCUGAACCUAAAACUGAAUAUGUCGUUGGAUAUCAAAAUUUGAAUGGAAUAUACAGAAUUGAAGGCACAACUGCGCUAAAUGAUAAGAAAACGAGUAAUGAAGUUAAAGCUUGCCAUUUCGUGUGUUUGAUAGCUAUGUUGAUGGCCACAAUGCAUCCUAUAAGAACCUGGGGACAGGUCAUGGUUGAUACCUGUAUCGAGAAAGGCUUAGAAAUAAAAGAAAAGGCAACAAAUUUAAGUGUGUGCGAAAAGAGAGUAAUAAAAAAUUUAAUAUUGGACGGCAAGUUCGUUAAUGUUAAUAUAAAGAAAAUCAUGGUAGUAAACGAAAAUCCGAAGAAACGCCUAGAACAGUACUUAAGGGCUGUUCUGAAGAGACUUCGAUAUGUUAUUAUACGUUUUCCUUCAUGCAGUAUGGUGAUAUGUCAGACCGACGGUUAUUACCAUCUUUUCGAUCCUUAUCCCCCACCAAAUGAAAUACCAGAACCUGUUGAAAAUACGAACGAGAAAAAACAGAAAGAAGUUUCUGAUACAACACAGCAAAAGAGUGUAGGAGCUGUAGCAGGAUGGACUUUAUAUCGUUCGAUGGAUGCAUUAAAAAAACGAAUAAAAAGCGUUGUAAGUUCUCCCGAUAGCCCCGAAUUUUACACAUUCGAAUUAACAUCCAUCAAAACUGCUCCGCGGCAUUCUGCUCUAAACUACAGAUUAAGUCCCCUGUUUAGACCUGAUGAAAAUCCGAAUUUACCAUACUUGAGACGAAGGAAAAUCCGACCGAUCGUUGACGAGAAAAUGUACUGGCUGAAUGUUGAAACUAUACCAUGGUCUCGCAUGAAUGCUGUUAACGAUCUUGGCUUCGACAGAAAAACUCCAAAAACCAUGUGGAAAGAUUGGGAUAUCGAGUUCCCAGGUGACCUUUAUUCGCUGUGGGGAACACUCCAUCCAUUGGAUCCCAAAUUUGGUGCAGAAAAUCGUGGAAAGCAAUAUUUAGCUACGAGUGUCGUUGCACUUGUCAUGACUAGGGCUUCUAGUCUAAGUGCUUGGACCAGUAGUUUCUUAGACGGUAUAGUCGAGGUCGGUGAUCAGUAUCACGCUAAAUGUCAUGCGAAAAUAGCUGGGAACAAAAAUCACGAAAUUUGUCUCGAGGACUUAGAAACGAAGUACGAUGACAUGUAUCCAUAUUCAUUCACGGUAAAGUUUGAUAAGAUCAUAUUUGGAUUCGUUUACAACAUAUACCCAGAUAGGUUCAAUUUGAGCAAGGCUUUAGUUUAUUUCUUUGAAAAGAACACUCUGGGCAUAUUGACAAGUCCAUCGAAAAAUUUGGCUUUCGGUAAAAUUGCAGCAUCCUAUUUUAUGUUUGAUUGUCAAAGUUAUGGGUCCCCUAUAUUUAGUCCGAGUCAGGGAGCUGCUUAUAUAUUGAAAUGUGAAAGUCUUAAUAGACUCAUUUAUUGCAUGGCUGUGACUUUGAAUAUAAGACGACACGGACAACAAUUCCAUUUAUACAGUGUUAAUGUUACUCUCAAUGAGAAGACAAAAUAA